CUACGCAAGCGACUCAAGGGUUUCAAAACAGUUCAUUGGGUGGAUCGGACAAUUUGCUUAGGGGUUUCGGCAAUACGGAGCAAGGCAGCAUUUGCAAAAGGCGUAUCAACAGACAAAGGGAACAACAAGCAAAUGGAGGGGUAGCUCGCCGUGAUGACUUUUCAUCAAGCACCGCAGCACAAGAGCAAACCUUGUUCACUUCUCUCUCUCUCUUUCUCUCCUAGAGCUAGAGAGAGAGUUAUCUUUCAUUACCAGUCAUUCCAAUUGGCGGCAAGGAGUUUAUGGUGCACGUUGGUGGGUUGUGUGGCUUGGCUUCGCAUUUUCAGGGAGAGAUUGGGCUUCGUUGGCUUUUUGGCUUAUACAGGUGUUGGAUUUUGGACGGGUAUUGGUCGGUUGGUAACCUGGGUUUGGGGGUGUUGGUUGGCUUUUUUUUGUUCUGAAUGCAUUGCAUGGCUACUUUACCUUGCUUAUCCUUGAAGGAUGGUCAAUGUCAGCAAGCCCGAACGGGGUCUUUUUACCUCGCCGUCUUCGCCUUUUCCAGGGUCUCACGCAGGUUGGGGGGA